CCGGCCCCCGGGGAGCCGCGGCGGGGGCGGAUGGAGACAGCGGGCACGGCGGCGGGCUGGGUUAUUUUCUUCCAUCUUCCUUUCAUCUCUGGAAGCUCCAUCAGUAUUGGGAUAGGCAGCAAUUAUUCCAAUCUCCCCAUCGCCUCGAACCAGAGCAGCGCUUCCAGCGCCUUCCCGAGCGCCGGGGAGCACGGCGGUGACAGCAGCCUGCUGGUGUCCCCGCUGCUGGUGGCAGGCGUGGUGAUCGGGCUGGUGCUGCUGCUCUCCUGUGCCACCAUCGUGGUGGGCAGCCUGCGAAGGGACAGCCGUGCCCGCCGGGCCCGCCCGGGCACCGCGGCCGCGGAUGCCCCCGAUGGUUUCUCCCACGGCGGCUCCUCGGCGGAGCUGAGAUCCACCUGCAGCGAGGAGCUCCCCCCAGGCUGUGACUUUGACUCCUACCUGGACAUCCUUUCUCAGGUGAACAUCAUGUAUCCUGACCCACCUCCAUGCUACGACGAAUGUGUGGGGCCAGGAGCAACACAGAUAUAUAUUCCCACAGAUGAUCCCCCCCCAUAUUCCCUGACGGACCCUUACCAAAGAAUUGAAACACCUGGAAACAUCUGUAGCGGGCAGGAGGAGGGGGCAGCCCGUGCCGCAGGGCGGCUGCGGGAGCCGGGCCCGGCCCUGGCCGUCAUCUCCCGGUGCGGGGAGCGGGACAGCGGCGUGUGAGCACGGCGUGUGGGCACGGCGUGUGGGCACAGCGUGUGGGCACGGCGUGUGGGCACGGCGUGUGGGCACGGCGUG